AUGUCCGGAUACGACCAAUACAACCAGGGCCACGGCCAGCAGGGUUAUGGCCAACAGGGCUAUGGCCAGCAAGGUUACGGCCAACAAGGCUACGGCCAACAAGGCUACGGUCAGCAAGGCUACGACCAACAGCAACAGUAUGGUCAACCUCAACAUGGUUACGGUCAGCAAGGUUAUGGCCAGCAGCAGGGUGGUUCUUCCGACUACUACGCCGGUCAGCAACAUCAGCAGGGCUACGGCCAGCAACAGGGUGGUUCAUCCGACUACUAUGCCGGCCAGCAACACCAGCAAGGCUAUGGACAGCACGACCAAAACCGCCAGGGUGGUUACGAACAGCAGCAGGGUGCUCCUGGUGAGGCCCAGGAGGGCGAGCGUGGUCUUGCCGGUGCCCUAGCCGGUGGUGCCGCCGGUGGCUUCGCUGGCCACAAGGUCAAUCACGGUUUCCUCGGAACAAUUGGUGGAGCCAUCAUUGGUAGCAUCGCUGAAGACGCCGUCAAGAAGCACCGCAACAGCAACAGCCAGUCUCCUCCUCAGUACGGUGGCCCCAACAGCCAAUACGGUGGCCCUCCUUCCAACAACGGCAGCAGCCCGUCCAUGAUGGAUCAGCUCGGUGGCUUCUUCAAGAAAUAG